CGCUCCACAAGUCCCAGACAAGCCAAGACAAGACAAGCCAAGACAAGCCACGAUGAACGCCGCUGUAAUCCUCGCACUUCUCUUCACCCUGACUGCCACACAAGCGUGCUGCGCAAACCAGGAUAGGUGCGAUACAAUCAGGGUGGAAAGUUGGAGCUACAAAUACGCCGAGAAGGUUGUGGAAGAUGCCUCAUACGUCCUCAACAUGACAGUGGUAGAUCAGCAAUCUGCAGCUGCAUGUACCUUUCGAAAAUCCUUCGGCUACGAAAAAGCCACUCUUUGGGUUGAUCACGGCUGUCGUGCCGACUUCAAAGUUUGCUAUCUCCCAGUGAUGCCAACCGAGUGCCAAACACUGAGGGUGGAGAGUUGGAGCUACAAGUACGCCGAGAAGAAAGUGGAGGGGGCCUCGUUGUUCAUCAACAUGACCGUUGAAGAUCGACAGUCCGCGGCCAGUUGCGACCUGGAUAAAUCCUUCGGCUUCUACAAUGAGAACUCCACGGUGUGGGUGGAUCAUGGCUGCCGUGCUGACUUCAACAUCUGUUACGUCAAAGGCACCAGCACCACCACUACGUUAAACAUGAGCAGCUGGAACUACAAGUAUGCAACCAAGGUCCUCCCCUCAGCCUCCUGCAUCUACUCCAUGCGAGUGGUCAACCAACAGUCUGCUGCCCCCUGCACUUGGGGAGCCACUUAUGGUUUCAUGGCCAAUACCAUGUGGGUCAGCGAUGGCUGCAGAGCCGACUUCUGUGUCGGCUAUUAUUCCGCUUAAGCUUUGUCUUCGUAUUCCUUGACAAGGUUUGCUGUCAUAUUCUAUUGACAAUUGUUGUAUAAAAAGUUGAUUGGAAACGAA